GGCGCGCACGGAGCGGAGCGGGACGGAGCGGGACGGGCCCGGGCGCAGCGGGCGAUGGGGCCGCGGGUACGGGCGGUGCUGGGCGCGCUCCUGGCGCUGUGCGCGCUGCCGCGGGGCAGCCGGGGCCUGGCCGAGAGCUCCUUCCCCGAGGACACGGUGUCCGACCACGUCGGGGGCACGCGGGGACACCGCUUCUACCGGCACCUCUCCGAUGACGAGGACCUGGUGGCGUCCGGCGAUGGCAGCGGGGAGGACGGCAGCGGCGCACCAUGGCCGAGCGCUACCCACGUGCCCAGCGUGGGGCUGGCACCCACUGCGCCCGGGCCCCCCCCUGUGCCUGCGGGGAUGGUGGUGGCCGAGGACGAGCCCCCACUGAUUUACUUCCGGGCGCUGGUGAACUUCACCCGCAGCAUCGACUACAGCCGGCGCCUGGAGGACCCCGACUCCGAGGAGUUCCGGGAGAUCUCGGAGGCCGUGGUGGAUGCGCUGGAGUCCGAGUAUUACAAGGUGCCCGGGGAGCAAAUGGUCAGCGUGGUGUUCAUCAAGGAGCUGGAGGGUGACGUGUUCGUGGAGCUGGACGUGGGCUCGGAGGGCAACGGGGACGAGCAGCAGCUCGGGGGGGUCCUGCGGGACCUCCUGGCCGGGGGCUCCAUUGCCUCCUACGUCACCUCCCCACAUGGCUUCCAGUUCCGGCGCCUGGGGGCCGUGACCCCCCAUCCACGGCCCUGCACCGCCGCGGAGUUCACGUGCGGCAGCGGCGACUGCGUCCCCGGCGAGUACCGGUGCGACCGGCGGCACGACUGCCGCGACGGCUCCGAUGAGCUCGGCUGCG